AUGGGCAAAGCAGCAAAGUUUUUUCGAGGCCUCUUCGGCCUGAAAAAGGACCACUCGCCGUCGCAAUCGGCGGCGAAGCCUCCGAAGAGAAGAUGGAGCUUCGUCAAAUCUUGUAGAGAAAGGGACCGCACACCUACAAAAAACACCAUCACCGACGACGCCGUUGAUCCGAGCAAGCACGCCAUCACGGCGGCGGAGAAGAUAACGAGCAGCGGGAGGUCCAAUGCCACUACCGCUACAUCCGCGGCUUACGUUAGCGAAUGGGCAGUGAUUACGAUACAGGCGCACUUCCGAGGCCACCAGGCAAGGAGAGCAUUGCGAGCAUUAAAAGGACUGGUGAAGCUACAGGCACUGGUUAGAGGUCACAUUGUGAGGAAGCAAACUGUGGAAUUGGCACAGAUCCUGCAGGCGAUGUAUCGAGCCCAAGCACGUGCUUGUGCUAGGCGGGCUCAAAUUUCUGAAUCCCCACAUUCAAGCAAUAAGUCCUCUCAAUUCCAGGCAAGGAGAGCAUUGCGAGCAUUAAAAGGACUGGUGAAGCUACAGGCACUGGUUAGAGGUCACAUUGUGAGGAAGCGAACUGUGGAAUUGGCACAGAUCCUGCAGGCGAUGUAUCGAGCCCAAGCACGUGCUUGUGCUAGGCGGGCUCAAAUUUCUGAAUCCCCACAUUCAAGCAAUAAGUCCUCUCAAUUCCAAGCAAGGAGAGAAUUGCGAGCAUCAAAAGGACUGGUGAAGCUACAGGCACUGGUUAGAGGUCACAUUGUGAGGAAGCUAACUGUGGAUGUGGUACAGCGCCUGCAGGCUUGGUUACAAGCCCAAGCACGUGCUUGUGCUGGGCGGACCCAAAUUUCUGAAUCCCCACAUUCAAGCAAUAAGUCCUCUCAAUUCCAAGGCCCUGCAACUCCUGUGAAAUUUGAACGUGCCAUAUCAUCAAAGAUUGCAAAACAUGACCAGUCACCAAUGCUUCUCAAUGGCCCACAAUUCUACUCGGCUUCAUCAAGGAGUGGUAGCCCUAAGAGAGGUCCAUUCACUCCCUCUAAGAGUGACGGAUCAAGAAGCAACCUAAGUUGUCACUACCCCAAUUGCAUGGCUUGCACUGAAUCUUCAAGGCCUAAGGUGAGGUCCCUCAGUGCUCCAAAACGAAGGCCUCAAUUUGAGAGCUCUGUUUCAUCCAAAAGGUACUCAGUUCAUGGGUAUGGUGAGUCCAGAUCAAGCAGCCUAAGGGUUUCCACCAACUUUGCAAACAAAGCUUAUCUGGGGUCUAGUCGUUUGGAGAGGCUUGGAAUGCCUCUGAGAGGCGAAGUUCACUCUUUAUGCCCUUUAAUGUCUAUGCAAGGCAACACUGAGGAAAGCCCUUUCUGCACAGCCAACAAUGGCCCACAAUUCUACUCGGCUUCAUCAAGGAGUGGUAGCCCUAAGAGAGGUCCAUUCACUCCUUCUAAGAGUGACGAAUCAAGAAGCAACCUAAGUUGUCACUACCCCAAUUGCAUGGCUUGCACUGAAUCUUCAAGGCCUAAGGUGAGGUCCCUCAGUGCUCCAAACAAAGGCCCCAAUUUGAGAGCUCUGUUUCAUCCAAAAGGUACUCAGUUCAUGGGUAUGGUGAGUCCAGAUCAAAGCUUAUCUGGAAUCUGGUCGUUUGGAGAGGCUUGGAAUGCCUGUGACAGGCGAUGCAAUCUGGCUCAAUGCUGGCCACUGGAACAGAUUCUAGAAUAGUCUUUUUUUCUUUUUCUUUUUUCCUUCCUAUUUUUAGAAUUGGUGUCCAAGCUAGUUUACGUUUACCUCAACUAAAAUGCCUUUUGAGGGUUUUGAGUCCUCUUGUUUAUCAAAUUAAUCUUCCUAACUAAUGUACUUAGCUACAGUUUUUUGUCCGUUUUGCUAGGUGAAUCUAUGUUUAUGCUUUAGGGUUAAUUUGAAUC